UUAUUAAUAGUAUACCCUUUUCCCCCUCGUUACACUUGAUUUCCCGCUCUUCAUACAACCUUCCAUAACCCCAUCUUCCCCUCUCCCAUCUUCCCCUCUUGUCAGUUCUCUCCCGCCUCCUCUUUCCUGCCUCAUUUCUCUCUCAUCAGGAAGAACGGUACGAUAACUAUACUGUUGAGUGAUUUGUUACUUUUUGUGUUAAGUGUUUAAAGGUGAUUGCUUUUGGUGGAAAAGAUUGAAGAUUCGUUGAUUUGGACUAAUCUUGGAGAGUUUGAUACUGAUUUUUUUUUUAAUUUUAGGGUUUUUGAGUGGAUAGAAAUUCCAAUGGGGAAAGAUGAAGAUGAGAUGAGAGGGGAGAUAGAAGAGAGAUUGAAAAACGAGGAGUAUAAGAUAUGGAAGAAAAAUACUCCUUUUUUGUAUGAUUUGGUGAUUACCCAUGCUCUUGAAUGGCCAUCUCUCACCGUUGAGUGGCUCCCUGAUCGAGACGAGCCUCCAGGGAAGGAUUACUCGGUCCAGAAGAUGAUUUUAGGAACUCAUACUUCAGAGAAUGAGCCCAAUUAUCUUAUGCUAGCUCAGGUUCAACUUCCUCUUGAAGAUGCCGAGAAUGAUGCCCGACAUUAUGACGAUGAACGGUCUGAUUUUGGUGGGUUUGGGUGCGCCAAUGGAAAGGUACAAAUUAUACAGCAGAUUAACCAUGAUGGAGAGGUAAAUCGAGCCCGGUAUAUGCCACAGAACCCAUUCAUAAUUGCCACUAAAACAGUGAGUGCAGAAGUAUAUAUCUUUGACUACAGUAAACAUCCAUCAAAGCCACCACUAGAUGGCGCAUGCAAUCCCGAUUUGAGAUUACGAGGUCACAGCACCGAAGGAUAUGGUUUAUCAUGGAGCAAAUUCAAGCAAGGGCAUUUGUUGAGUGGCUCUGAUGAUGCACAGAUUUGUCUUUGGGACAUCAAUGCCACUCCUAGAAAUAAGACGCUCGAUGCAAUGCAAAUAUUUAAGGUUCAUGAAGGUGUUGUUGAGGAUGUUUCGUGGCAUAUGAGGCACGAAUAUUUGUUUGGUUCUGUUGGAGAUGAUCAGUACCUGCUGAUAUGGGACCUUCGAGCUCCAACAGUUACCAAGCCUGUCCAGUCUGUAAUUGCUCAUCAAAGUGAGGUGAACUGCUUGGCUUUCAAUCCUUUUAAUGAAUGGGUUGUCGCUACGGGCUCUACUGAUAAGACUGUCAAGUUGUUUGAUUUAAGGAAAAUCAACACCGCGCUGCAUACUUUUGAUUGUCACAAAGAAGAGGUCUUCCAAGUUGGAUGGAGUCCUAAAAAUGAGACAAUUUUGGCUUCUUGCUGUCUUGGUAGAAGACUGAUGGUGUGGGACCUUAGCAGAAUUGACGAGGAACAAACUCCAGAAGAUGCUGAAGACGGUCCACCUGAAUUGCUUUUCAUUCACGGCGGUCAUACUAGCAAAAUCUCGGACUUCUCAUGGAAUCCAUGUGAAGAUUGGGUGGUUGCGAGUGUUGCUGAGGACAACAUACUUCAAAUCUGGCAGAUGGCCGAGAACAUAUACCAUGACGAGGAUGAUUUAUCAAAUGACGAUCCAACAGCUACGAAGGGCUCUUAAUUUUAACUCGCCAAGUUUCUUAUACGUUGUAGUGGGUUCAUUUUAUCCUCCUGUUUAUUAGCUAGUCUUUCGUCCUUGAUCCAGAAUUCUGCAAAUCAUUUGAUGGUAAAUUUUAUUGAUUAAUCUGUAUCGACUAUUGCCAUUGUCUGCGAUUUUAAGUUGGAAACGUAAUAACUUGGCUGGAAUGCUUUCA